AUGCCCCCUCAGCCUCCCCGCGUCAAGCCCAGUCAAGGCAUUGAAGCGCACAUCCCGGAUCACAUUGAGUACCUUCUGCCCAACAGGGGAGAAGGUUUCGUUCAUUUCCUUCCCGCACGCGCUCGCCACCAGAUCUUUGGCCGCACAUUCUGCGAGCCCAUUGACCCUGGAUCAAGCCCCGCCCAACCUGGCUCCCUGGUGACACGGCCGUUCACCAGGGAGAAGAUAGGCUGGCUCUAUCUCGUUGUGAAUGGGCAGGAGACCGACUACACGGCUGCCUUCCCGUGCACAGAUGCCGCCCGCACGAUCACACCAGAGGCAUGGCCCGAGGGCUGGCUGCGCCGAGCGGUCGACGACGCCCCUCUGAAGAUGUGCCUCAAAGAGCCGGAUGCGACCGAAGUACAUCGCCUCAUCAAGGCCUUCGCGUGGUACACAUCCCAUGAAGAGCCGCAUACCGCCCCGCUUCCUUUCGAGACCUUCCUGGGGAUAGUCUUGCGCGAGCUUGGGAACCUCGCAGCACAGGAGAACAGCAUGCCCGCGAUCCACCGGAUCUCGAACAUGCUAUUGUACACAAUGCCUGAGGUCAUCCUCAACUUCUCCGAGUCCUGGGCUCCUGUCCGUGGGGCACGUUGCACCCGGACCUGGCUCGAGAUGGCCCAGUGGGCACGCCAAGCCAAUCUCUACACGCCAACCUUUCCCCUCAACCCCAGGGGCGAGUAUCUCCGUGCCCAUGCCGCCACUCUGCGCCGCUUGCGCCAAGAAUCACGCGAGUACGCUCGCAGCCACCCCCAGGUUGAGGAGGCGUCCGAUGACGAGGCAACCAUGGACCGGUUUCGUGGCCGACGAAGCCGUCACGGCACGCACUCACACCCGCCGCUGCCGCGCUCACGCUGA